UCUAUGUAUGUGUUGUGCAUGUCACAAAGUUGUGGUGAUAUAUGGUAUGUUAUUUUGAUGAGUAAUCGGGGCUAGUUUUUCAGGUAUUAAAUUCAAUCUGUUGGCCCACAAAUAAUGACCAGAGAAGAGUUUGAGGAAGGCCCAAGUGGAAAAUGAAGUCAUAAUAACCAAUUUCCACCUAGCAAUUCUGUUGCUGCCCAAAGUUUUCAACAGGUUCUUUCUUCAUCAUAGUUUCGAAAAUGACUCCAAAGUAUGCACUCCGAAUUGAUUAUUAAACCAUGAAGAAAUUGAGUGGCUCAUUUCGAUACAGCCAGUGGGAUCCAUGGCUAAUAAUAUUCCAGAUAGUCUCUAUUCAGUGUAUAUUGUACGUUUCUUUAGGUUUGAUAUUAGCCGUUUUGGGUUCCUUGGUUGGAGAACCCAAUACCUUAGAUCAUAUAUUUGAAUACCAUGAACUUCAAAUUCGUGAUUUUGGUGGAAGAAUAGUUAUUUCAAGUUUUGUCUUGAAUUCAUUAAUUGGAGCUGUGGCGAUAUGGUACAUCGUAGAAAGGACGAAACAAUGCAUGGACUUCAGCUGUACCUGGCACUUCAUCCACCUUAUCGUCUGCUGGUUCUACAAUGAACAUUUCCCCACGACAUUCUCUUGGUGGGCUCUGAACGUUGCUUGCGCAACAUUGAUGUGUGUGUGCGGGGAGUUUUUGUGUCUCAGGACAGAACUGGCCGCUAUACCAUUAUCGCUAGGCCCCAAAACCGACCUUUAGAUCAACAAGUUGUGAAGUCGUGUGACUUGGAAAAGUUGUCUGUGUCGAGUUACUGAAAUCAAUUUUUUAUGCUAGUUUUAAACAUUGUUUUGUCGAGAAGUAAAUGAAUUUAUUGCCACGA